AGAGAAGAAGCAGGCAGUUUUGAGACAGGUGGAGCUGGAUCAAGCUGUGAAAGUGAUUUGCUUGAAACUGGUUGACUAUGAUCCGUCAAACUCUCUGAAGGACCAGCAUGGAGACUGGCACUCUGCACUGUUAAUGGGGACAUGGGACUCACGUUGUCAUUGAUCAUUUGUGUGGACUUAACCAGCGAAGAGCAACAGAAGACGCUAAAAAGACAGUGGGAAUUAUAGCAGUUUUCCAGGUCACCAAAUCUUGUUAUUUUAAUUUCUGUCUGGAAGAAUGUCUGAGCAAGGCAAAUUGAACCAGGAGACAGCAGAGGAAACUGCAAAAGAGCAGGAGUCUGCCAUCUCCGAAGUGAACCCGGACAACUGUAUCCUUAAUAAAUCUGAAAGCUCAGAACUAGAGGAGAAAGAAGAAAAGCUGAGUGAUGCCAAGACAGAGCUACAGGUGUUACUGCCAACAAAAAGUUGUAAUGCAAAGCCUAAGAAGAAACGAGGUACAAAUCAGAACCAGCAGAAAAAGAGAUCCAAGUCAGGAGCUAAAGGAAAACUCGUACGGAGUCUCGCUGUGUGUGAAGAGUCAUCCCCUCGCCCGGGAGCAGAAAAUCUUCAUGAUAAUCAGGAAUCAAUCCAACUACAGCUUUCAAGUUUUCCUAGCUUGCAAGAAGAAGAUAAAUCUAGUAAAGAUGACUCAGAGAAAGAAAAAGAGAAGGAUAAAAAUAAAGAAAAAGAUAAAAACAGUGAAAAAAACAAGAUCAGAAUGUUAUCGAAAGAUUGCAGUCAAGAGUAUACUGACUCAACAGGCAUAGAUUUGCAUGAGUUUCUCAUUAACACAUUGAAGAAUAACCCCAGGGACAGAAUGAUACUCUUGAAAAUGGAACAGGAAAUUAUUGAUUUUAUUAGUGACAACAAUAAUCACUAUAAAAAGUUCCCUCAGAUGUCGUCGUAUCAGAGGAUGUUAGUGCAUAGAGUGGCAGCUUACUUUGGAAUGGAUCACAAUGUGGAUCAGACUGGAAAAUCUGUAAUUAUUAACAAGACCAGCAAUACAAGAAUACCAGAGCAAAGGUUUUCUGAACAUUUAAAAGAUGAAAAAGGUGAAGAAUCCCAGAAGCGAUUUAUCUUGAAGCGAGAUAACUCUAGUAUUGAUAAAGAAGACAAUCAGCAAAACAGAAUUCUUCCAUUUAGAGAUGACAGACGAAGUAAAUCAAUUGAAGAGAGAGAAGAGGAGUAUCAGAGAGUGAGGGAGAGAAUAUUUGCACAAGAUUCAGUUUGCUCCCAGGAAAACCUUUUUGUGGAAAACAGUAGGCUAUUGGAAGACAGUAGCAUAUGCAAUGAAACCCAUAAGAAAAGACAGCUGUUUAGGGGUAACAGAGACAGCACAGGGAAGGCAUCUGGCAGUCGGCAGAGCAGUACGGAGAAUGAAAUGAAGUGGACAGACCACCAGAGACCAUGGAGCAGCACAGACUCGGACAGCUCAAAUCGAAAUUUGAAGCCAGCCAUAACAAAGACAGCCAGUUUUGGUGGGAUAACAGUCCUGACAAGAGGAGAUAGCUCAUCAAGUAACAGAAGUACCGGCAAACUGUCUAAAACAGGCUCAGAGUCUUCCAGCAGCGCUGGCUCCUCAGGAUCACUGUCACGACUACAUCAGCCUCUCCAAAGUGCAUCUCUUGUCCCUGGGGUGGCGGCCAACUCUUCAGGCAACGUGUCCUACCCUGAGAAUGGGAUGAGUGGCCAGGUGGCCCCCAGCAACACCAGCUACAUCAUUCUUCCACUUGAAGCUGCAGGGAUACCGCCUGGCAGUAUCCUUCUCAACCCGCACACAGGUCAACCAUUUGUAAAUCCUGAUGGGACGCCGGCAAUAUACAAUCCUCCCAGUGGCCAGCAGACGAUAAGGAGCCAGAUGGUGGGACAAUCUCAGCAGCAGCCUUCAUCCCAGCAGCCUCAGCAGGUUCAACAGCCACAGCAGCAAAUGGCAAGUCACCUUGUCACACAGCCUGUUCAGACAAUGCAGCCAUCUUCUCAGUCAGUCCAGUAUCCAGCAGUUUCUUAUCCUCCCCAGCAUCUCCUGCCAGUCUCUCCAACGCAACAGUUUUCUGUGCGAGAUGACAUGACAACACAGUUUAACCAGAUGAGCUUAAGUCGUCAAUCAUCAGGAGACAACCCCGAAUCGCCUUCUGGUCCUGUCUACCCAUCGCCUCUCUUGCCGCAGCCUGCACAGCAGACCGGUUACCUUAUGGCUUCUCCAAGUCAGCAGCUUCCCCCAGGAGGCUUUACAGGUUCAGGUCCACCAGUAUCCCAGCAAGUGCUGCAGCCGCCACCGCCCCAGGGCUUUGUGCAACAACCACCACCACCACCUGCUCAGAUGCCAGUGUAUUAUUACCCAUCUGGUCAGUACCCUACCUCAACAACUCAGCAGUACAGACCCAUUGCCUCAGUUCAGUACAAUGCACAGCGGAGUCAACAGAUCCCACAGACUGCACAGCAAGCAG